GUCAGCGGGCUGGCGGCCAUCAAGUGCUGCCUGGACGAGGGGCUGGAGCCCAUCUGCUUCGAGCAGAGCGAAGGCAUCGGGGGGCUCUGGCGCUACAUGGACCAGGCAGAGGAAGGCAGAGCCAGCAUCUACCGCACCGUCUUCACCAACUCCUGCAAAGAGAUGAUGUGUUACCCUGACUUCCCCUUCCCCGACGACCACCCCAACUACAUGCACAAUGCCAGGCUCCAGCACUACAUCUGCAAGUACGCCGAGCACUUUGACCUGCUCCGGCACAUACGGUUCAAGACCCUGGUCACCAAGGUUAGAAAACGCCCAGACUUUUCUGCGACGGGGCAAUGGGAGGUGGUGACCCAGAGAGAUGGGAAGGAAGAGAAGGCGGUUUUUGAUGCUGUUAUGGUUUGCUCUGGGCAUCACGUCUACCCAAAGCUCCCCCUCGACGAGUUCCCAGGAAUACAGAAGUUUAAAGGCUGCUACUUCCACAGCCGAGAGUACAAGGAGCCGGAGAAGUUCAGAGGGAAGAAGGUCCUGGUGAUAGGCUUGGGCAACUCCGGCUGUGACAUUGCCGUGGAGCUCAGCACAGUGGCGUCACAGGUCUACCUGAGUUCCCGAAGUGGAUCCUGGGUGAUGAGUCGCAUCUGGGACAACGGCUACCCCUGGGACAUGCUGGUCAUCACUCGUUUCCAGACCUGGCUGGAGAGCAUCCUCCCCAGGGCGCUCAGCGACUGGCUGUAUGUGAGACGCAUGAACCGGUUCUUCAAGCACGAGAACUUCGGCCUCAUGCCACUGAACAGAACUUCCCGCAAGGAGCCAGUGUUCAAUGACGACCUCCCAAGCCGCAUCGCUUGUGGCGUGGUGGUGAUGAAGCCGAAUGUGAAGGAAUUUAGAGAGACGUCCGUCUUGUUCCAAGAUGGGACUGUGCAGGAUGACGUUGAUGUGGUCGUCUUCGCCACUGGUUACAGCUACUCCUACCCUUUCAUGGAGGAUGAUUCCAUCAUCAAAAGCAGGGACAAUCAGGUCACGCUCUACAAAGGCAUCCUCCCUCCUCAGCUCAAGAAGCCAACCAUGGCAGUCAUUGGGCUGGUCCAGUCCCUUGGACCCACCAUCCCAACAGUGGACCUUCAGUGCCGCUGGGCAGUCAAGGUGUUUCAGGGACAGGUCACGCUCCCCCCAGUCACUGAGAUGAUGGAUGACAUUGAUGAGAAGAUGGGGAAGAAGCUCAAGUGGUACGGGAGCAGCACCACGCUGCAGACGGAUUAUAUUACCUACAUGGAUGAGCUGGCCUCGGCCAUCAGCGUGAAGCCCAACGUGCUGAAGCUCCUGCUGACGGACCCGCGGCUGGCCCUGGAGGUCUUCUUUGGCCCCUGCAGCCCCUACCAGUUUCGGCUGAUGGGCCCGGGGAAGUGGAGCGGGGCCAGAAAGGCCAUCCUCAGCCAGUGGGACCGAACGCUGCGGACCACACAGACGCGCGUCACCCCCGCCGCCUCCACCGCCUUCCCCUGCCUGGCCGUGCUGGGGGUGCUCUUCCUCCCGCUCCUCCUCCUCGCCACCCUUUACUGCUAG